CUCCCAACUUCUUUCUCUCUUUCAAAACCAAAUUCAUGACCUCCAACAAGAAGAAAAACAACAUGGACAGUAAAAGCCAAGAUAGGGUACUGAAUAAUAACACAGCAGUAAGCUGGGGAUAUUCUGAUAGAAAUGGCAAUGGCAGUGAAAUACCCAAGUUCAGAUCAUUCCCACCUUCUUCAUUGCCUCUAUCGCCUCCUCCAGUUUCUCCCUCUUCUUAUCUGGCUAUCCCACCUGGUUUAAGCCCAACUGAUUUCUUGAGCUCGCCUCUGUUUUCUUCCAUGAAUUAUGCUAAUCUGCCAUCUCCGACUACUGGGGCUUUUGCUGGUCAAGCAUUCCACUACAUGAGCGAUUCUGCUAAUCACAACCAGCAGCUAGGAAUGAAGGAGGAAAACAAAUUUAGUUCUGAUUUCUCUUUUCAACCAGAAACAAAGCCUGCUGCAAUAUCAUCAUCCAUCUUCCAGUCUUCUUUCGCAGUGGAGGAAUCCAUGAAAAGACAACAGGAAGCAUGGAAUUUCAACAAACCUACAAAUCAAACUGAAUUUUCAUUGGAGAUAGUUGAAGUAAAAUCAGAGUUUGCACCCAUGAAGAGCUUCAGAACUUCAGAAAUGGCUACAACCCAAGAAAAAAUGCAGAGUAGUUCCGCUCCUUUGUCCAGCCACGAUCAAUAUACUCGACCACCUCAAUAUAUCAGAGAGCAAAGGAAAACAGAUGAUGGAUACAACUGGAGGAAAUAUGGACAAAAAAAUGUGAAAGGAAGUGAAAACCCGCGUAGUUAUUACAAGUGCUCGUUUCGAGGCUGUCCCAUGAAGAAAAAAGUUGAGACAUCUUUGGAUGGACAGAUUACUGAAAUAGUAUACAAAGGAAGCCAUAAUCAUCCCAAGCCUCAGUUCAAUAGGAGAUCAUCUUCUCAAUCAAUCCAAUCUUCAUCCUGCACUAAUAUGGGAAUUCCUGAUCAUUCAGCUGUAACAGUUGGAAAUACACAAAUGGCGUCUGUCACAGCACAUGAGGAGGAUUCUUCAGCCUCAGUUGGAGAGGACGAGUUUGAUCAAAGGUCUCCAACGAGUAAUUCGGCUGGAGAUGACGAUGAGAAUGAGCCUGAGGCCAAAAGAUGGAAGAGAGAAAAUGAAAACGAGGGGAUUUCAGCUUCUGGGAGUAGGACUGUGAGAGAACCUAGAGUUGUAGUUCAAACAACAAGUGAAAUUGAUAUUCUUGAUGAUGGGUACAGAUGGAGGAAAUAUGGACAGAAAGUAGUCAAGGGAAAUCCAAAUCCAAGGAGCUACUACAAAUGUACAUUCAUAGGCUGUCCAGUGAGGAAACAUGUUGAGAGAGCAUCUCAAGACAUGAGGGCGGUGAUCACCACUUAUGAAGGGAAACACAAUCAUGAUGUUCCGGCAGCUCGUGGCAGUGGCAAUUAUGCUGUGAAUAGACCUCAAUCCAAUGCCAAUAGCAGCAGCUACGUACCCAUGCCCAUAAGGCCCUCAGCCAUGCCCACCCAUAUUAACCAGACUAGUUACUCCGAUUCUUUCCAGAACACAAGGUUGCCAACAUCUGCAAGUCAAUCAACAUAUACCUUACAAAUGUUGCAGGGCCAAGGAGGUGUCCCAUUUUCAGGUUACACAAACCAAAAUCAAGCUGCCUACAUGGAUCAGACACAACGCUCGGAAGGGCGAAACACGUUCCUCGAGUCAUUCUUUUCUGAGGAUUACUAACUUUGCAAUAGAAGGAAAACAGACCAACCAAUUCAAUUUGUUUUUAUUUUUUCAAUUUUUUUUUUUAGGUCUAUUCUCUUAGAGGAUAAGCUGUGUAAUAUUAGGGACUGGAAUAAGCAAGAGUAAGUUGCAUUUC